AUGUCUUGGCUAGCCACUCAAAAUGGAACAGAGGCUGAAGAGCUGGAGGAUGCAUUUCAUGACGAUGGAGUUUCAGCUAUCACCUAUGAAUCGGACACAGAAAAGAAAGUAAAGAAGAAGAAAGCCAGCAAACCUCCUAGGUCACAAAACUCCCCCUAUCUCUCCAGUGCCAAAGCUGCACCCAAAAAAGGCACAAGUAUGGAGGUCCUUAAAAGGGACAGGUCAGAUGCACACAGAGAACCCAAUGGCCAAGGUGCCAAGAAAUCUGUGGUUGACAUCACUUAAACAAGGCAAUAGCCUGACUCAGCCCCUGAAAUCAGACACUGACACCGGGCAGGCUUGGGUGAAUCCUGGCAGCAGUACUCCGGAGUAUCUCAAGGAAGCUUUCGGGAUGAAGAAGCCGAAAUACUCCCGCUCCUCCAGUAACGGUUACAUCCCGGGAACACCAGACUUUAAAGAGAAGGAGGUUAUGUAUGAUGAGAUCUUAGAUCUGAAGAAGACUCUGCAAGUACAUAAAUCUGAGAAUGACAUCAUGAAAACAAAACUUCGGAGGCUGGAAGAAGAAAAUAACAGAAAAGAUCGUCAAAUUGAACAGCUGCUGGAUCCCUCCAGAAGCUCGGAAUUUACACGGAGUCUGGUGGAUAAAAGAAAUGACAACAGUUUGCUUAUAAAUAACCUCAAACAGAAGAUUCUGAAGCUGGAGAAGCAGUGCAAGGAGAAAGAUAAUGCUCUCAGCAAAUUGCAGACAGAUCUUAAAACAACUAGCGUGGAAGAGAUGAGAAUAGCCAUGGAG